UAUCAGAUACUGGCUGUGUAGCUUUGCUGGAUCGUUCUAACAAGCUCUUCACAAACAUCAUGCUCUCCUCUGGACACGGCAGGAAGUUCCUUCUGGGAGUAACAUGUUUACUCAUGAGUUCAGGCUUUGUCAGAGUUGUCACUGAGACCACCGUGUACCCACAAAGAAAGCCCCCCUGCGACAGCCAGAUCUGCCGCUUGAGCCACGUCCACAGUGUAACAUGCGAAGGAUCUCAGGCAAACCUGCAGUGUGGUGAAGGACAGGUUUUAGUCAUCCAUGGAGCUGAUUAUGGACGCCAUGACAAAACCACAUGCUCUGAUGGACGUGCUGCUUCUCAGCUCCAAGUUGUCCAGUGCUCAAGUCCCACGAGCAAUGAUGUUGUAGCUAAAAGCUGUAAUGGGAAAAACAGCUGUACUAUCCCAGCAAGCAACUCUGUGUUUGGAGACCCCUGUGUUGGCACCUACAAGUACCUGGAGGUGGUUUAUACUUGUCAGUUCCAGACUGUAACAUGUGAAGGAUCUCAGGCAAAGCUUCAGUGUGGUAAAGGGCAGAUUUUAGUCAUCCACAGAGCAGAUUACGGACGGCAUGACCAAACCACGUGCUCUAACUUACAAUCUGACUGUAUGCUCAGAGAUGUCCUCUGCUCAAGUCCAGAAAGCAUUAAAGUCGUAGCUGAAAGCUGUAAUGGGAAAAACAGCUGUACUAUUUCAGCAACCAGCUCUGUGUUUGGAAACCCCUGUUUUGGUACCUACAAGUACCUGGAGGUGGAUUAUACUUGUCAGUUCCAGAGUGCAACAUGUGAAGGGUCUCAGGCAAACCUUCAGUGUGACAAAGGGUGGGUUUUAGUCAUCCACGGAGCUGAUUAUGGACGCCAUGACAAAACCACAUGCUCUGCUGGACGCCCUGCCUCUCAGCUCCAAGUUGUCCAGUGCUCAAGUCCCACGAGCAAUGAUGUUGUAGCUAAAAGCUGUAAUGGGAAAAACAGCUGUACUGUCUCAGCAAGCAACUCUGUGUUUGGAGACCCCUGUUUUGGCACCUACAAGUACCUGGAGGUGGUUUAUACUUGUCAGUUCCAGAGUGCAACAUGUGAAGGGUCUCGGGCAAACCUUCAGUGUGACAAAGGACAGGUUUUAGUCAUCCACAGAGCUGAUUAUGGACGCCAUGACAAAACCACGUGCUCUGCUGGACGCCCUGCCUCUCAGCUCCAAGUUGUCCAGUGCUCAAGUCCCACGAGCAAUGAUGUUGUAGCUAAAAGCUGUAAUGGGAAAAACAGCUGUACUGUCUCAGCAAGCAACUCUGUGUUUGGAGACCCCUGUGUUGGCACCUACAAGUACCUGGAGGUGGUUUAUACAUGUCAGUUGGAUAGAGACAGUGUAGAUAGAUGGGAAAGCAGGGACAGAAAGAGGAGAAGAGAUGCAAACCCAGACCCACUGCUCUCCAGCCAUACGGCAUAUGCUCGCCUGCUCACCCACUGA